AUCGCCGUAAGUAAGCAGUCACAACUUACAUAACUGUCGAUUUGACAUAGAGUCUGUCAGUCGGAUCAGAUUACAUGGGCAUACAUUAAAAAAAAUCCAUUAAAUCGAAGUGUAUCGAAGGAUUGAAUUUCUCGGCCUUCUGAAUUCGGUCCAGAAAUGUCAUAAUGAGGCAACACAAAGAGGAGAGAGGAGGGAGGCACUGCCAGCAGGACCAAACUUCCCACCCAUCAUCAACAACAACAACAACAGCAGCAGCAGCAACAGCAGCGUGCUGUGAGUGUGAAUGUGUGUGUGUGUGUGUGUGAGUGUGUGUAAAUGCGUGUGUGUGAGCAGUCAGAUCCCUGUGCAAAUGCGCAGUGAGAAAGACCUCCUCAGUCCACAUUGGUUCAGUGUUUUGGAGCCUAACCUGUGGGCCGGUGCACCGCAGUGAAAAGCAUGAAAACUGGGAUCCAGCAGCUCACAGGACGAGUGAGAGGAAGGUGCGCACCAACGAGCUGAACAGUCCGGGCCAUCAGUUGGGAACCAUGUGCAGUUCCCUGAGCCCAAAACACCCCAGCAGCCCAGGCCUCACAGACAUGCAGCAGUAUCACCAGUGGCUGGCCAGUCGACAUGAAGCCAGCCUGUUGCCCAUGAAGGAAGACCUGGCACUGUGGCUCACUAAUAUUCUUGGUCUGGAAAUCACCGCUGAGAGCUUCAUGGAUCGCUUAGACAAUGGCUUCCUGUUGUGCCAGCUGGCUGAGACACUGCAGGAGAAGUUCAGGCAAAAUAGCGGAGGCUCGCCUGCCCUUGGUAACAGCAAGCAGAGUAUUCCCCAUCGGAGGAUACCAUGUCGGCAGAGUGCUCCCUCCGGUUCCUUUUUUGCCCGGGACAACACAGCCAACUUUUUGGCCUGGUGUCGUAAGGUUGGAGUUGGAGAAACAUGUCUGUUUGAGUCAGAAGAUUUAGUUCUUCACAAGCAGCCACGAGAAGUGUGCCUUUGUCUUUUAGAGCUGGGACGGAUAGCAUCACGGUACAAUGUGGAGCCUCCUGGCCUUAUAAAACUGGAGAAAGAGAUUGAACAAGAAGAGAAGGCUCCUCUCCCACCUCCAUCACCUGUAUCCUCAGCUCAGCCCCUCCCCCCAUCUCCCUCUGUUUCUCCUACCCCAUCUCCUUCCCCGUCUCCAACUCCUUCCAAGGUCACUUCCAGCAAGAAAAGUACAGGGAAGUUGUUGGAUGAUGCUGUGAGACACAUCGCUGAUGACCCUCCCUGCAGCUGUCCCAAUAAAUUCUGUGUAGAGAGACAGUCACAGGGUCGAUACCGUGUUGGGGAGAAGAUGCUUUUUAUCCGGAUGCUGCACAACAAGCAUGUGAUGGUGCGUGUUGGUGGAGGAUGGGAGACCUUUGAGAGCUACCUGCUGAAACACGACCCGUGCCGCAUGCUCCAAAUCUCCCGGGUGGAGGGCAAGAUGUCCCCAGUCAGCAGUAGCAAGUCCCUCAACAUCAAGGACCUAACCCCUGACAGCUACCUGGUGGUGGCAGCACACUACCGCAGCAAAAAGUGAAGACACGAGACUGGAAAGUGCCAAUAAUAACGCAGAGCGUGACUUCUAGUCAUUGUUUGCUGCCUAAAGGGCGUGGUUCUAUAACAUGUCCGUGUUUUUAUACGUAUGAUGGCUAAAGACAAAACGGCAUUCAUGAAAAGCACACUUAGUAGUGAGGCCUUUGUUUUUUUCUGUCAAAGAGAAUUCAGUCAAAUGAAUGUUUAUGAGCAGGAGAAGCCUGGAAUCACACUAGCAGGCCCUUAACAAUGUGUUUAAUUUAGUUUUACAGAACUGCAAACAGCUUUGAAAACGUGUCAGUUCUUCCGACAUAAUGAAUUAACUGAGUAAAGGUGAAGCUGUACUUUUUUUUUUUUUCAACUUACUUACUAUUUUAAGCAACUGAUAUUAGGUAGGUAGAGUCUUGUCAGGUUUUAGCACACCUGCUCCUUUCAUAAUGCCAGUCAGACCUGUGGUACCUGACCGUAUCUACAUGUUAAAAACACAACUUCUUCUGUAUGAAAUUGAGUAAGUGGUGGAGGUUUCAGGAUGUUGAGCAAGCCAGACACAUGUGAUAGUAAAAAUCAAUUAGACAUUUUCCGACCAGACAAUGUAUUUUCCCAUUUUUUUUAAACUUGCCAUUUGGCUCAUAUUGCUAUCCUCAAUACCUUACAGCACGUUGAAUACAUGGUCGGCUCUCUGUGCCACUGCACUCAAUUUGCAAGCUGAAUGUUAACUAUAACAUCACAAGAAUGAGUGGAGGUGGAAACCUUUCUGUCCAAAGAAAUGCAAUUUACCAAAUCUUAAAUAAUAAUUUCCACUACAUAAUAUGCUUGUAAAAAUUGCCAGAUGUCUUCUUUAAACCAAACAUUGGUCAUAAAAUGGUAUGGCUUUUCUUUAUGAUUAAUUUUUUAGUAAGAGAAAAUAAAGCAAUGCUUAGAUUGUUUACAUCUUGAAUAACUUUUCUAUGCAAUGCAUUUUUAUACUGUUAUCAUUUUAAGUGAUUUUUUCAUUCUGUUUUGUAUACUUUCUAUUGUAAGAACAUGGACAACCAACUGUACAAGAUGCAGCAUGUAGUUCAAUGGAACCUCACUGACUUAUCAUUGAUUGAUAACACUACAGUAGAUUUACUCAUGUGAGGUUCUUCAAUUUGUUGCGUUACUGACCUCUAGAGGAACUUGAUGAAUAAACUGUUUCCAAGAUUAAGAUUCUUAACAAGUAACAGAUAUAAUUCAAAUUAUUAUGAUUCAAUGUCUUCAUUUGUACUUUUUUUUCCUGGAAAAUUAAUCUGUGUUUGUUAUGAGAUCACUGGCUAUGCAAAGUAACCUACAAGCUUAUAUGGAAGUACAUAUGUUCCAUCUGUGAUUUAGAUGUACAUUUUCAAAUAAAUUUACAAAACUGUAAGCUUCACAGUU